UUUAUACCUCAAGUUGCCCAGGCACAGAACCCCAUUAUAUAUUUACCGACAACGACACAAAUGGUCCGAGUUCCGAACCUGCUGCAGAUGAUGUGGCAUUAUUGCAUUUUUCCCCUUUGCUUUCUCGGUUUCUGCUUCAUGCAGGCCGCGUUAUCUGCAGUAUUCGGAGCAUGCAGCACCCACAGACGGCGCCGAAACUGAGCUGGUCCAGCUCGUUCGGAACCGAGCCGACGGUGGAUUAUGUAGUCGUCUGAAUGGAAUAUUCCAGACCACUCAAGUCGAAGGAAUCCUUCAGAAAUUAGCCUGACUAAGAGACUGAUAGCUUGGAUAGCGAGUGGAGAGCGGGGUGAGGGGAGAGAUGAGGGCGAAAGAGGGGGAGAAAUUGUUCUCCUGGCCGAAGAUAAGACGGGGGGAAGAGCACCAAAUGCCAGAACUUCAGCGUCCACUCCAAACUGCUCAACACACAGCUCACGAUGGCACUCAAGACCUUGUUGAAAGAUCCCUCGCUGGUAGCUGAUCAGAACUAUAUCAACGGUGAAUGGGUACCGUCUGUGUCGGGCAAGCGAUUCGAUGUGUUUGACCCCGCGACUGGCUCUCUCCUGGGAUCCUGCCCUGAGUCUACAGCGGCGGACGCUGAAAAGGCCAUCCAUGCAGCCGAUGCGGCUUUCCCAGCCUGGCGAUCUCGCUCUGGGAGGGAGCGAGGGCGGAUUCUUCGCCGCUGGUAUGAUCUGGUGAUGGAGAACAAGGACGACCUGGCGAAGUUGAUUACAGCAGAGAAUGGCAAGGCUCAGGCGGACGCAGUAGGCGAAGUUAACCUCUCUGCCAAUUUUCUCGAGUGGUUCGCCGAGGAGGCUCCUCGCGUGUACGGAGAUGUGAUCCCGCACAGCUCGUCUGCCUUCCGGGUGUCGGUGUUGAAGGAGCCGGUUGGUGUCUGCGGCUUGAUUACUCCAUGGAACUUCCCUGCCGCUAUGAUCGCACGCAAGCUGGGGCCCGCUCUCGCCGUCGGAUGCACGGUGGUGGUCAAGACGGCCGGGGAGACGCCCUUCUCUGCGAUUGCCCUGGCGAUUCUCGGGGCACGCGCGGGAGUCCCGCCAGGCGUCUUCAACAUCGUGAACGCGCACGAAAACACGCCGGAGAUCGGCCAGGCGCUCUGUUAUUCAGAGCGGGUACGCAAGGUCUCCUUCACAGGCUCGACACGCGUCGGGCGACUGCUCAUGAAGCAGUGCAGCGACUCGAUCAAGAAGGUCAGCCUCGAGCUCGGGGGCAACGCCCCCUUCAUUGUCUUUGACGAAGCCGACCUAGACGUCGCCGUCAGUUGCGCCGUGGUGGCCAAGUUCAAGGUUACCGGGCAGACUUGCGUCUGCGCUAAUCGCAUCUACGUCCAGCGAGGAGUGUACGAUGAGUUCCUCAAGCGACUGGUGGAGGCAGUCCAGGGCUUUCGUGUCGGGUCCGGCCAUGAAGCCACAACCACACACGGACCCUUGAUUGGCGCCAACGCUGUGAACAAGGUAGCCGGCCUGGUGGAUGAUGCUGUCCAGAAGGGUGCCCAGGUGGUUCUGGGAGGCAAGAAACUGCACGCUUUGGGUCCAAACUUCUUUGAACCAACGAUCCUAACCAAUGUCACCGAUGAGAUGCGCAUCGUCAGCGAGGAGAUCUUCGGUCCCGUGGCAGCCAUCCAGCCCUUUGAUUCCGAAGCCGAGGUGAUUGCCGCCGCAAACAGAUGCGAGGUCGGUCUCGCAGCGUAUGUCUUCACGCAGGAAGCAGCUCGCGCGACUCGGGUCUCGGAACUGCUGCAGACGGGCAUGGUGGCAUUGAACACGGGCGUCAUUUCCGAUGUCGCGGCGCCAUUCGGAGGCAUCAAGCAGUCUGGUCUAGGCCGAGAAGGCAGCAAGUACGGCGUGGAUGACUAUCUGCAGCUUAAGACCAUCGUGACGGGGAACAUGAGUGUCGUUCAUCCAGCGCGCAUAUAGUAUAGAGUUGAUUUGUAGGUAGUAACCCCUACCGCUAUCUCCCAUCUCCCAUCUUGUAUGUACUGCACCUAUGGUGGCUUCUAGAACCUUUUUUUUUCUUUUU